GGGUUUCGUCUAACUCGUCUCAUCGUGACCUAGGAGCGAGCGCGCGAUACGUUCGAUAAUGUCGCUACCGGCUACGAAGAGUGGUGUGGUGUUCGGCGCGAAGUAAUAACCUUAUCAGAAGGUGAAGGGAGGAUGAAGUGCGCCAAUUUAUGUGUGUGCCCCCCGCUCCCCUUUUGAUGCUGGUUAUCAGGCCCGCUAACAAGACCGAUCGUUCAAUUUUCGGGAGGGUAUCACCGCCGAAAACAACAUUACCGAACUGGUCGCACUCGCACUGGCAUGACAUAGUCGCCUUGCUACUACAGGCGCAGUAACACACACAAUAGCACUGGUACACCAUGGCCGGGUGUUUUCUGUGCAGCUUAGGAUGGAUUGUGCGCUACUACCUGUACGCGUGUGCCGCCUGCUUUGGCAUAUUCGUGCUCCUUACCGUCCUCUCUAAGCUGGGCGAGCGGGGCAACAAGAUUAAGUACUACAGCAAGUACGGCAUGAUUUACUUCGCGACCCAAUCGUUCACCACACUGUUUGCGCCGUUCUCGCUGCUCCGACCGCGCAACAUCGACAACUGCCGAAUCAUUGCCACGGUCAUAGCACGCGCCUCGAAGCUGCUCGGCAUCACGUGGGAGCUGCGGAAUGCGCAAAUUCUGCGCCAGGCGAAAGGUGCCAUCGUUCUCACCAACCACCAGUCCUCGAUGGAUAUAUUGGGUAUGAUGAUCCUCUGGGACAUACUGCGCAAGGUGGUGCCAAUUGCCAAGCUGGAGCUCCUGUUCCUCUUCCCCUUCGGCCCGACCGCAUGGCUGGCGGGUGUGCAGUACAUAAAUCGUAAAAAUCGCCCCUCCGCAAUGAAAUCGUUCGACCGGUGUAAGCGCAUGCUGACGGAGGACGGCGCGAAGAUGUACAUCUACCCGGAGGGUACGCGCUAUCCCGAGCGCGGUAUGCUACCGUUCAAGAAGGGUGCCUUCCACACGGCCAUCGAGGCGCAGGUCCCGAUCGUACCGGUUGUCUUCUCGCACAUGUACUUCAUCCAGUCGAAGCGGCACAUCUUCGACGACGGGCACGUGAUAAUCGAUACGCUCGAGCCGAUCCCGACCGCCGGGCUGACGAAGGCCGAUCUGGAUCAGCUGAUCGAGCGGACGCGCACGGCCAUGCUCGCGCGGUACGAGGAGCUGAACCGGGAGGUGGACGACGGGCUGAAGAGCGUGCAGUGGGUCAAUCGGGACCGGCCCCGGUUCACGGUGUACGAAGAGUAACGGCGAGUGACGUUUCAACGGCGGCAGAACCUUGACGGCACGCACGCGCGCGCAACCGCGAACGGCGUGUGGUACCAUCAGCGCCCCCUCCGGGGGUACG